UGAUGUUGGACGGACGACGAGAAGAGCUGUUGACGCUGGUGCGAGGACGGUCGGCUGUCGUACUGAGCUACACUUGGACCGGUUGAGUCACCAUCACUUGAUGUGGUUGUCUUGAACAUAGCCCCUGUCAUGUGGUUGGUGAUGUGAGAGCAUCACCUGUUGGUCACAAUGGAACGUGACAAGAGGAAGCGGCGUGGGAAUGCAGGUUGUAUCACACAGACUAAGGAUGCACUCUGCACAUGCACAUCACUUUGCGCAGGAGACAUAGAUAGAGAGGGCAGAAGAGAGACAAAACGGCCUGGUGAUGGAAAGUCCCUUGGGAGGUGAUUGUUAAUCAUGGUCGCCUGCAGCCCAUUUGUCUGGUCUUCUGGAGGCUUCGUCCCGUUGUGGUUGGUGGUGAUUGUGCUGACGUUUUGCUCCGGCCAGCGCAGUGUAGCGUGUAGCCUCCCGCCACAAGUGUACCUGGAGAUGCCGACGAGGCGGGACAGACUGGAAUCUAGAAUACGCAGGAACAAGAAAACAGCAAAAGCAAGUGGCCCGGGCGAACCGAGUCGAGUCUACAGACCGUCUCCUGGCUUGAGCGAAGCGGGUUGAGUGUUUAUUCCUGUCCCUCUGUGCGACUCAGGCCUCGUUUUCAAUGCCCCGCGCCAGAAGGUUACGUGCUGCUGGCUCUCGUCCCAUUCCACACACAGCCCUCCCCGCGAUUCGUGUGGCCGCCCGUUCAGCCUUGGAGGAAGCGGCUCUCCAACAGCGAGACAUUGCGCCCGUCAUCCCAAUUGCAUGCCAUUGUCACGGGCCUUGUUGUUUCUCCGGGGUGUCCGGGGCUAUGUUUUAUGCCCAUCGGGUUCGCGCACC